AAUCUAGAGAGACAUGGGAAGAGAGAGACUGACAUUUUCUUCCAUUUGGAGAGACAGUUUGAGGAUUUUUGAAAUACAAAUUUGAUUGUCUCGUUCGCUGCUUGCUCCUUAUGAGUCAGUUCUUUUGAAUUAGGAGUUCAAAUAAGUCAAGUGCCAUUUGGAGUUUUCAUAUCUACUUCCAUUUCCACACUCUCGUGUCAUUUUUUUAAAUUAGAAAUUAUUUUAGCUUCUGGGUACGCUCUGAUUCUGAAAAAUUCGCUUGAUGAAAGUGAUUGACAAUGGUUUUGUGAAGGUCCACAUCUUGUAUUUUCAUUGCUGGUUUUGGAAUCACUGGGGAGAUAUGAAAGUGGGUUUUGGAGUAAAGAGAGAGAGGAGAGAUGUUUUUUAGUUUUAAUAUUGCAUAGUUGAUACUUAAAGUGAGAGAAAGUGAGUGGAGGAGAGGUUUGAAGAUCAAGCUAUAGUGGAUUCUCGGGUUUGCUUUCUUCAAAGAGAAAAAGACAAGUUUCUGGUUUCUGAGUCUUAAAGUUUUUCAGUUUGGCGUACUUAGCUUUGGCUACCAAAUUUAAUCAAAGCCAAGAUAAAAAAUCAUGGUUGAAGAAAGUGAAAAUGAAGAAGUUUUGGUCGAUGAGACCUUGUCAACUGAAGACUGGCUGUCACGUGCGCAAGAGCUUAUCCCAGUUGCAAUGGCUAAGGCAAGAGAGGUUAAAGGAUUCCCUGGUAGAUGGAAGAUGAUAAUAUCAAAGCUUGAGCAGGUUCCUUCUCGUUUAUCAGACUUAUCAAGCCAUCCUUGCUUCUCAAAGAACACUCUUUGCAAGGAGCAAUUACAAGCUGUAUCAAGGACAUUGAAAGAUUUAAUUGGGUGUGCAGAGCUCUGCAUAUUGGAAAAAUAUGAGGGCAAGCUUCGGAUGCAGAGUGAUCUUGAUGCACUUUCUGGGAGGCUUGAUUUGAAUUUGCGAGAUUGUGGGCUUUUGAUCAAGACCGGGGUGCUUGGUGAGGCUACUCUGCCCUUUUCUGUGGCAUGUUCUUCAACUGACACAGAUGUUGCUGCUCAUGGCAACAUAAGAGAACUCUUUGCUCGGCUUCAGAUUGGGCAUUUGGAGGCGAAACAUAGAGCUCUAGACUGUCUUGUUGAAGUCAUGAAAGAGGAUGAGAAGAAUGUCUUGACUGUUUUAGGACGUAGCAAUAUUUGUGCUUUAGUCCAAUUGCUUACAGCAACUUCUCCUCGUAUACGGGAGAAGACUGUGACUGUGAUCUGCUCCCUUGCUGAGUCCGGAGGCUGUGAAAAUUGGCUUGUUUCUGAAGGUGUUCUACCUGCUCUCAUACGACUUGUGGAAUCUGGUAGCACGGUUGGAAAAGAGAAGGCUACAAUUUCACUUCAGAGAUUGUCAAUGUUGGCUGAAACUGCCCGUGAAAUUGUUGGCCAUGGAGGGGUUCGUCCACUGAUUGAGAUAUGUCGAACAGGGGACUCAGUUUCACAGGCUGCGGCUGCUUGCACUUUGAAGAAUAUAUCAGCUGUGCCAGAAAUUAGACACGCUCUAGCCGAAGAAGGGAUUAUAAGGGUCAUGAUCAAUCUCUUGGAUUGUGGAAUUCUGUUGGGAUCAAAGGAGUAUGCAGCUGAGUGCUUGCAGAAUCUCACUGCGAGCAAUGAGAACCUAAGGAGGUCUGUUAUCUCGGAAGGUGGAAUUCGGAGCUUGUUGGCAUACCUUGAUGGCCCUUUGCCACAAGAAUCAGCUGUUGGGGCAUUGAGAAAUUUAGUUGGCUCGGUUUCUAUAGAUGUAUUGGUUUCCCUUGGCUUCCUACCACGUCUAAUUCAUGUUCUGAGGUCUGGAUCACUUGGUGCGCAGCAGGCUGCUGCCUCUGCAAUCUGCCGGGUAUGCAGCUCGGCCUCUGCUGAGACAAAGAAGAUGGUAGGGGAGGCCGGUUGCAUUCCCCUGCUUGUCAAGAUGCUGGAGGCCAAAUCCAACAGUGCCCGUGAGGUUGCAGCACAGGCGAUUUCCAGCUUGGUGACGCUUUCACAGAAUUGCAGAGAAGUGAAGAAAGAUGACAAGAGUGUUCCUAAUCUGGUUCAGUUGCUUGACCCAAGUCCUCAAAACACAGCAAAGAAAUAUGCUGUGUUUUGCUUGGGAUCUCUUUCUUCAAGCAAGAAAUGCAAGAAGCUGAUGAUUUCUUAUGGGGCCAUUGGGUAUUUGAAGAAGCUAAUUGAGAUGGAAAUUCCAGGGGCCAAGAAGCUGCUUGAACGGUUGGAAAGAGGUAGGUUGAGAAGUUUGUUCAUGAGGAAAUAGAAGAAAAAGUUGCAAAUAAAAUAUGUAUGUGAGUCUUGUAUAAUGAGAAAAAUGUAUUUUAAUUUUCAGCAUGUUAGCCGUUUCAUUGUCUAUAUGAAGCAAAGUAUCCAUGAAAUGGAACACUUAUCAAUCAAAUGUUCUGUUAGUUAUUUAUGAAAUGUAAAUCUCAAUAUGUUUCUCUCA